UUUCACCUCGGUAAUGCUAUAAAGGGCAAUCCAGGAUACCUCAAACUCAGGAAGAUACGAGCUGCUCAGACAGUUUCCAAUACAGUAAGGCCACCUAUUUUAUUUAUUUUGAAAAGACUGCUGAGUUUUUUAUCAAGUUUAAAGAAGUUUUUUUGGAACAUGUGUGACUUUAAGUGUAGGAAGUUAACUUAACAUGGGGAAUGCAUGCAUGAACAAUAUUUUAUUUCUGCUUCUUUUUUUUUUUAUUCUAAAUGCUAUUCUACUUCAGAAGCAAUAGUGCAAGUCAUUUUGCAAAGUGUUGUUGCCGAAAGGAGUGUAAAAUAGUAUGCUCAACGUUGGCCAAAGAAGUAAAAAUCAUAAAUGACUCCAUGAUGUGAUUUACCCAACUGUGUGAUCAAAAGGGGGUUAAAGAAUGCCGAUUUAUUACAUAAAUCUUAGUCCUUGAAAACUGUGAUUUGUCCUUGAAAAAUCCUUUAAACUUGUUUGCCUGCAUGAAGUUGUAUGAACCCUCAACCAUGUAUUUGGUAAUAAUCCAGCACCUGAUUCAUGGAAUUUUCUUCCCAGAUUUCAAACUCACAAAAUAUGGUGUUCUUGGAUUCUGGAGCACUAAUGUUGAAUGUUCGGGAGGCUGAUGAUUUAGAAGAGUAAGUAAUGUUUUAUGGGAGUGUUUACAAAUGUUUAUGCAGGGAAGCUCUGCCCCAAGGUCCAACCCCUUACCCUUUUAUAUACCAUUUUUCAUGAAAAAGGUACCCCUUUGAUAUACCUUCUUUUGGCAAAUGGUACCCCUUUUACAUACCUUGUUUAGAAGUUUGCAUCCCUUUUAAUGGCUGUAAAUGCAGCAACUUUUACAUGGAAUUAAUCACAAAAUUAGAACAUUUUCUUGACUUAAUAAAGCCAUAGAAUUUAUCUGUUAGCCCUUGUAUGCCCUUUUACAGACCCAAAUGGCAGAUUCCCCUAGCCUUUUAUAUUCUUUAACAAGUGAAAUCCCUACCCCUUCAUAUACCUCAAGCCUGAAAAAGGUACCCCUUUCAGGCAGAGCCUCCCUGUAUAGUAGGACAUAAUGGGGAGUACCCCUCUCCCCACCCCCAGGUCAAAUCCUGACCCUGUUUAAAGGUGGCUGAACACAGUUGAUUGUAAACAAACCCUGCCUUUUGAAUUUAACACAACAUGUAGGAAUAUGCAAAAUCCAGUCUUUAGAUGUCCCUAUGAAUGUGUACACACCCCAAUAUCAUAAUGCGGUUUGAGUAUUAGUAACCUUGGGGUGCCUUUGCAUAGAUUUUACCCUUGACUCCUGGCAAUGUUUGCAUGAUUACCCUACAUAGCUGCUGGUGUUUGUAAUAGGCAUUAUUUUAUAGUGUGAAAUAGAGAAUCACUAUUAACACUUAGCUCUGUUGUUUUCUUUUGAAUUUUAGAACUUUAGGAUUGGAAACAAAAUCAAAGAAGAAGUGA